GUUGGACCCAUCUGAUCUCAGUUUUCCAGCUCGAAAACCACACGGUAACUAACGUAAGUUGAACGAACCCUGCCCUAAACUCUUCUAGUCAACAAUGGCUUCUCUGUCCAGAUUUAUUGGGAAACAAUGUAAAUUGCAGUGUUCAGACACACUUCAGAGACCAAGUUAUGGGUUUUGUGUUAGAAGGAGUCCGACCCAUUUGAGUAUGGGUAUGAGAAAUGGAGAUGAGAUUGGAAGAUAUAAUUUGUUCAUCAAUCAAAAUCAAAGUAAGACUUCCCUAGUUCAAUCCCCGUGCAAUCGCAAAAUAGUAUGUUGCGAGGCAGCAUCAAAUGUGUCUGGGGAAAGCUCUUCCACUGGAAUGACCCAAUAUGAGAAAAUAAUUGAGACUUUGACCACCCUUUUUCCUCUAUGGGUUAUAUUGGGUACAAUCAUUGGCAUAUAUAAACCUUCUGCGGUCACUUGGUUGGAAACAGAUCUCUUCACUCUGGGUUUGGGAUUUCUAAUGCUUUCAAUGGGUUUGACACUAACAUUUGACGACUUCCGAAGAUGUUUAAGGAACCCAUGGACUGUAGGUGUUGGAUUUCUCGCUCAGUACUUCAUUAAACCACUCUUAGGCUUCACCAUAGCAAUGGCUCUAAAGUUGUCCGCCCCACUUGCUACUGGUCUGAUCUUGGUGUCAUGCUGUCCUGGAGGCCAAGCUUCUAAUGUGGCAACAUAUAUUUCAAAGGGGAAUGUAGCCCUCUCUGUUCUAAUGACAACGUGUUCAACAGUUGGAGCUAUUGUGAUGACACCCCUGCUAACUAAGCUUUUAGCUGGUCAGCUUGUCCCAGUUGAUGCUGCCGGUCUUGCUAUCAGCACCUUUCAAGUUGUGCUAGUGCCAACAGUUAUUGGAGUUCUAUCAAAUGAGUUUUUUCCUAAGUUUACGUCAAAAAUCGUCACCAUCACACCUUUAAUUGGAGUUAUUCUGACUACUCUUCUUUGUGCUAGUCCGAUUGGUCAAGUCGCAGAUGUGCUGAAAACUCAGGGAGCACAGUUACUUCUCCCUGUGGCGGCCUUGCAUGCUGCAGCAUUUUUUCUGGGUUACCAGAUUUCAAAAUUUUCAUUUGGUGAAUCAACAUCCAGAACUAUUUCGAUAGAAUGUGGAAUGCAGAGUUCGGCACUCGGAUUUCUACUUGCACAAAAGCAUUUCACAAACCCUCUUGUUGCUGUACCUUCUGCUGUUAGUGUUGUCUGCAUGGCACUUGGUGGAAGUGCUCUAGCUGUGUACUGGAGGAAUCAACCAAUUCCUGUUGAUGACAAGGAUGAUUUUAAGGAGUAACCUCUGCUGCUGCUUCUUUACAUGUCGUUAGUUUGUGAGAUGAAGUUGAAAGAUCCACAGUCAUGCAAAUGCAUGGUUGGUAGUUGUUUGCAUUUCUUGGCUGCCUCUGUAAUGAAAACUAAAUUUUGGACCUUAGAUUCAAUUUUAUGUGUUAGAAACAUUAGCACAGUGCCUUCCAAAAUGUUUUAGAUGAAUUGUUAUUGAGCGAACUGCCCAUGGCAUUGUAAGCCAGUUUAGUGCUGGUAAGAUUUACUCCAAGGUUGAUAAAAUGGGUGUAAUUUAUGGCUAUUCGCCCAAUUACCUCAUUACAAUUG